AUGCGGUUCACAUCUCUGCUUGUCACAUUCAAUAUAGUUGGCCUGGUGAUCGCAGCACCUGGCAAGUCUCUCGCUAAAAGAGCUUCAUCUUUCGUCUGGUUUGGGUCCAAUGAGUCCGGCGCAGAGUUUGGAAACCAGAAUCUUCCAGGAGUGCUGGGCACAGAUUACAUCUGGCCAUCUACAUCAGCAAUCCAGACUCUUCGCAAUGCUGGAAUGAACAUCUUUCGCGUAGCUUUUGCUAUGGAAAGAUUGGUUCCUGGAACAUUGACCUCUAGUAUGGAUGCAACAUAUCUUUCCGAUCUGAAAAGUACCGUUAACUAUAUCACCUCUACUGGGGCUUAUGCUAUUAUUGAUCCACACAACUUUGGGCGCUAUUAUGGUUCUAUCAUUUCAUCCACAAAUGAUUUCGCGGCAUUUUGGACCACUUUAGCAAAGGAAUUCGCAUCCAAUGAGAAAGUCAUUUUCGAUACAAACAAUGAAUUUAACUCGGAGGAUCAAACUCUUGUCCUACAGCUCAACCAGGCUGCAAUCAACGCUAUUCGAGCAGCUGGGGCAACUUCACAAUAUAUAUUUGUGGAAGGUAACUCCUGGAGUGGUGCAUGGACGUGGACUACCGUCAAUGACAACAUGAAGAACCUGACAGACCCGGAGAAUCGAAUUGUCUAUGAGAUGCACCAAUAUCUCGAUUCUGACGGCUCUGGUACAUCGGCAACGUGCGUUAGCUCAACUAUUGGCCAAGAGCGUGUUGUUGCCGCGACGCAAUGGCUCAAAGACAAUGGCAAAAGAGCUUUCCUUGGAGAGUUUGCUGGAGGAGCUAAUACUGUGUGUCAAAGUGCCGUAACUGGAAUGCUUGACUACCUGCAAGCCAACAGUGACGUUUGGCUCGGCGCAGCGUGGUGGGCUGCUGGACCUUGGUGGGGCGAUUAUAUCUACAGCUUUGAGCCUCCAUCCGGAACUGGCUACGUCUAUUACAUGAACAUUCUAAAGAACAACAACCAAGGUGACAACUGCAACUACUAA